GGAGGCAUUACAGGAUGCAACGGCCUUGGUACACGUUUAGAACGCUUUGCACCAUACCAGACCUUACCAGAGGAGGCAACUCGGACUACAUAUUAUCACACCAUUGUUGGUUUGAGACUCUGCGGUUAUCCAACACGUCUCCCCACGAAACCCCGCCAUCCCUGAGCCCCUGAACCGAAUCAGCAACUGAAGGACAAUGGAGCCGCCCCGGAACGACCCAAACCAUAGAUACCGGCCUGCUCGUCAGUUACCAUACACUCUGAACGAGCGGGCUAGGGUUAGCAUUGAAGAAACUCUUUGUAUGUAUCAGAUCCAUCCAGCGGAGCUUUGAUAUAUCCUCUAAUAAGAAUACAUGGUCAUAGAUCCGUCAGCCGUUGAGUUUUUAAACAGUAUAUCCAUCCCUGGGGCCUCCACACCCUCAGAGGCUCCCCCCCCAGCCUUCAUCCCCCCCAGCACCUUCCAGCGUUGCAUAACUACCCUUAUUGCACAUCCGUACUAUACUACUCAGGUGUCGAAGAACGAGCCCUUCUCGACCGCUCCGGGCAAUGCCUAUCUGCUACUCCGCCGCAUGCUGAGGCUGGUUGGACCGCUCAAUGCGGAGUUUGCCAAAGCGUGGGAAUUUAAGAAGAAUGCUCGCGCAGGUCGUCAGGCUGUUAGAGGUAGAACGAGGGGUAGGGGCGGUAGAGGCAAGGAGCCAGAUCCUGCUGAUGCAUUCUCCACGGACGAUGAUUUGAACGGAGACCUUGCCACAAUAGAGUCACUUUUCAAUGUCGCGGAUGACUUUUGGUCAAUUGUUGGCUGGGCUUUCACCUGUUCGGUGUCUCAUCCUAAGCGCUGGGAGUGGUGGAAGCUGGUGCUCGACCUGAUGAUGGAUGUUGUGAAGCAGGAUUGGGAGGAUCGUUUGGAAACCAAAGGGGUUACUGGGGAUAAGAGUACACUGGACGGGGCGCUGUUCCUGAAGUUCUUGCCCCAGGAUACUGGUAGCGUUGGGUGCAAAAAGAUUGUCAGGGCGAUCAUGACAUGCGCUGAGGAGAAGAGUUUCAACGAGUGGAAGGAGAUAUGGGAGAAUGAGCUCUCCACAAAGAGGCCGAGGAAAAUUAGAAUGGGAACUCAGGAUACUGCAUUCAUGGGCGACGGCGAGGAUGAAGAAGAAGAGAUGAAGAAUUGGAGAGGAGAAGCGGACAGUGACGGUGACACAGAAAUGCAGGAUGCUGACAAUUCUGGUGUUGAAGUGGAAGGUCUUCCCUCCGUAUCGGAAGCGUACGGCGGCAUGGAGUCUGUAGACCUCCGUCAACGACUAUUAUCUAUGGUAAGCUUUCCACACACCUCACUAAUGUAUCUAACAAAAACCACUAGCUUUCCACGGUCUGUAUCGCCGGUUACUAUGUCCCACCGGAAGGCCUCUUCUACGAACUGGCAGAAACCUUCAUCCGCCUUCCCCUUCCAUAUUUCCACUUCUUUACUUCCACACUGCUGGACACGACCACGGAAUACAAAUGCACCCUGAAUCAACUAAUUCUCAGCACAAUAAUUUCAACAAAAGCCCCAGUCUACAGCGGUCGACUAACCGCCACCGCCCUGAUCAACAACUAUCUCCCAUUUGAAGCAAAGACGACUCAGUUAGCCGAUAACGCUAGAGUGGCAAUUCUACUAGAAAGCCUAACCCGCCUCCUCAUCAACGCUAAGCUCCUCGAGUACUCGGAGGGGUUACAAGCCGCAGUGGCCAAGGGUAUCAAGGCGCGCACAUCUAAGGUUCCCAAAUCGUUUGCUAAGCCGGGCACACCGAAGUAUCUUGUGGAUCGUGAGACCAGGGGCAUCUGGGGCGCGGCGGAAACAAGGUUGAAGGGACUUGCAGAAAUUUUGCGGAUACAGAAGGAGGAGGGGGGUUCAGUAUUUUAGUUUGCAAAGUUGAAUUAGGGCGUUGAUGUGUAUUAACAUCUCCUGCUCCCCACCCCCUUUUUUUCCCUCCACUAUUUUGAUAGUUCAUUUUUAUUUGUUUAUACUAGUAUACCAGCACUGGAUAUGUCAUCCUAUCCUAGCUUUAUUUUUUUUUCUUAUGAGCAUCGCGGGAAUUAUUUGGUUUAUCUGGGUGCGGGGGAAAGGGGCGUUUUCGGAUCUUUAGGAUGGUACACUCGAGUAUACUGGUUAUAGUUUAAUGACCUGAUAUUCCUACCCCAGCAGCUGUGGGUGUGUUGUUUGGAUGGAACCUAGAUUGUAAUAGUAGUUGGAUAAUUUAAUGUACUCGAUUACGGUAGAUAGCUUAUAGUAGGCCCAUCUGCUAGCGUUACAAUCUACAGCACUUGCUCUAGCACUUUGGGCAGCGGCCUAAUCACAAACUAUCACACGCCCCCCAGCCAUUCCCCCAAACCUCCACUGUACAAGGAAAACCCGCAACUCCUCUUAACAGCCACCC